UAUCUAGCAGAUGAAACCGAGCUAGGAGUGUCUCUUAUUGGAAUAAGUGCUAUUCACCGACUUUUCGAUUCAUUCCGAGGAGUGGAUAUGCCAGAACUUCAACUGUAUCUUGCUCCAGCUGUAGCUCAAUUUGAUAGAUUGUUGGACGAAAGCCAAACAGAUACGGAAAUGGCAGCGAUGUGGUUGAUAGAUCCAACUAGGCUGUCCAAGCUAUACCAUUUGAGAUGUCUAACUAAUCUUGCCACAUGUGAUCAUCAAGCUCAGGCUAAGCGCUGGAUGAUGUUUCCAAACUCGCUCAAUGAUGAUAUUCACAAGCAAGUUACAGCUGUAUGUCACUACUUUUUCACCCAUAACGUCUCCAAAGAGGAAUCCCUGCUAGAAGCCCAGCUGAAAAGUCGAGGUAGUCUCUGGUCAACAUCGGUACAACUGGCUGCCUGUUCUCAUAACGAUCGUGUGGUGAAAUUAGCUGCAAAGCAAAUCGUUGCUACGAAAAAUGCUGCUAUUUUUGCGUCGUCGUUACAGGUGAGGUUCAGGCUAAGUGCUUUGAGCAAUUUUUGCUGA